ACCAAAAUAUUUAAUUCCAUACGUGUAACUAAAUGUUGAGUUGGUUUAAUUAAUUCUUGAUUUAAAAAUUUGAUUGGUUGGCAUUAACUAUACUUAUCUUUUUUGUGUAACUUAAUAAUUGUUAAAUCAACUCAAUGUUUAGUUGUUUAUAACAGACUAAAUUUUAGAUUUUUAACCAAUUUUUUUUCUUAGUGUACAGAAGUUUUAAGCAAAUAUUACUUAUUUUAAGUAAAUGAUAAAACAAUUAAGGCUUGCCCUAUAGGCCUUCAAGAAGAAGUAGUAGUAAAUGAUAAGUGUAUUUUAACACUAUAAUCACAAAAAUUUUCUUUGUUAACCAUUACUUAAAAGAAGAAAACUAAGAUUGCAAUCUUAGCACGAAAAAUAAUUUGUGUGUAUAUAAGUUCUGUCGACAUAAUUUUGUUUAAUCGCGCACACGUUAACAGAAUUUAACAGAAAUUAAAAUUUAAUUUUAUCUUUCCGGAUCAUAUUGCACCACGCCACUUUUCGAACACAAAAGCUACGCAAACGAUUAGGCAGGUACAAGCCGUAACCACCUAACUACCCUCGAGGUUGCACACGUUUCAUAAUGCGGGAAGUCAUAACGCAGGAGAAGAGAUCACUUUAGACGCGUGGUGCCGGAGUCACGAAAUUUCGCAUGUCAAAAAUCAGUGAACGUCUUAAGAGGACAUUGUUGACGACCGGUUAUUAUUUCAGCUUCGGAAUUUCGAGCGACCGGCGAUGACGACGCGGUUGCAGCCGCGCUGCAGAAGAAGAGGAGACGGCCUUCUCUCUAGCGAUGACGAAGGCGACACACGGGGAGACGUCAUGCACCACGAAGACUUAACAAUGAAAGCGAAACCGGGGCUGCAAUUAUCGUCCACGACUUGUCGUGCUCAGACAACCAAAGCGACUAUAUAUGCCAGAAAGCAGGCAUCGCACAGUCAGUCCGUGACACUGAAUCUUCAUAUCUCAUCUCUUCGGAUUGAUCUCAGGCUUCACGUUGUAUCUUGGAGAGUUCGCUUCACCCUCAUCGCCACCGAAGAUGAAGUUUUGUAUCUCUCGAAGUUUAAUCGUGGCAAUAAGCUACUUCGCCAUUCUGGUCAAUUGCAGUCCAAAAUUUGAUGAUGGAGGAUUUGUACCGAGCUCUAUCAGCUACAUGGAAAAGCAGGCGAAGGCGCAGGAUCAAGUGGCUAUGCCGUCUCAGGUUAAGCAGCACAGUGAACCGUCGAAACGCGAAUCCGAGACGAACGACAUUGGGGAUCGUAGUCAAGAAGCGCGAUUUGGUUUCACCAAUAUUGGCGGAACAGGAAGCGGUUACGGUGUGUCACCUUAUGCACCGGCAAAGAUAGAUCUUGGUGGACUUCUCUUGGGAGCUAUCAUAGGCGUGGGGUCGAUUCUCAUCAUUCCAAAGCUGCUCUAUAUCCUAUCAGGAACUUAUGGCACAUACGCGAGAAGUGAAGAUAAUGGCUUCACCCAAACCCUGACGAGGAUCGACGAUGUCCUGGCCCGUCACGGCAUCGAUACGACUUCGUGCAUGCAACGCGCGGUAUGCACCUACUCGCAGCAAUCGGCUACCGCGAUGGGCGACGAGAUUGACACCGAGAACGGGACCGAGGACGGAAAGGCGACGUCCUUCGAGAAGAUGGUAAACGCGAUUACCACCAACCAGGUGUUCCGUACAGCCAUGCAGGGCACGGCAAUCGAGGAGGCGGUAGAGGCCGGUAGAAACGGCAGAAACUGCUCAAGAUCGUACCCGCACUGCGGCUUCUCAAUGGAGACGAUGCUGUCGCUACUGGCUAACGCUAUCGCGACGGCAAACGCGCGCGUUGCGACGUCAACCGGCCCUUCGUCGCUGUAAUACUUUGCUUACGCAUAAUUAUUGCAUAAGCUCUUCAGAAAAGGGCGAUUAUGAUUUAAAUUAGCAAAUUAAGUCAGAGGCAACGAAAAACGAAACGUAUAAAAAGUAAUAGGUCGAUGUAUCUUGCAUGUACUACAUUCUAUGCGGUGAAAAAGGAGACAGGAUAAGAGUUCAUUAAUAAUUUAACAACGCGAUGUGGAAUUAUUUAUCACGAGCAGUGGAAGCCUUGGCAUAUUGGCAGCUCCUGCACUAUUUUAGUACGACUCGUACAACGAUAGCUUCAUUUUUAUUUCAUUUAGAGAAUUACAUUUGUGUGUGUGUCUGCGUGUAUGUUUGUAAAUUAACAAAAGUGAAAUCCCUCUCGGCAGAACCCCCGUGCACUCACGUGCGCUCAUCAGCGUGACACAUUCCUCUCUUUCUUCCUUUGGCUAGAAAAUGUUAUAUAGUCUAUAUACGGCUUUCACAUUGAGGAAAAUAGAAUCGACUAGAGUCGCGAUACGGUUGCGGCGCAUCGCGCUUAACACGUGUCAACAAUCAGUACAGGCACUGCCCAUGACGAUGUCGCAUAUAUUUACUUAUAUGUAUACGCGACACUCUCCCCAGACACAAUACAGCACGCAUACACAGCGCGAGGAUGAAUCGGAAAGUAAAGACACGACGGUUUCGCUCUUCCGGUUUGUCACAGUGCAAGGCAACUUGAAAAAAUGACUCCGUGUUUCAAGCAUUACCUUCUUAUCUAGACAUUAUCGACUAGAAAGUUAAAUUGUACAGUUAAAAGAGAGAACAUUUGUAUUAUAUAUAAUAUAUAAUAGAAGGGAUGAAAAAAUUGGCAAAUUAGUGCAAAAGUUGAGAUAACAGAUUCUAAAUCGGAGUAUUUCAAAAGUGUCCUGCAGAAGACAUGCUUUACGUAGAAGAAUAUAAUUUCUUUGUAUACUAUAGAUACGUUAUUUAUAAAAUAUAAGAGAUCUGUAUCUUUACUUUUUUAUUCACUUUCGCGUAUUACUCUCGAAACAGGACGUUCAUGUGCGAGGUAUCGCAUUCCUAGGAAAAAAAA